AUCCCACCUUUGGCAUUUCAAAACCUUUCCUCUACCUUUUUAAAGUUUCAGAUCUCUUAACUCUGGUCUCUAAUGGCGCGUACGAAGCAGACAGCGAGGAAAUCCACCGGAGGAAAGGCUCCAAGGAAGCAAUUGGCUACGAAGGCGGCCCGGAAGUCUGCUCCGGCAACCGGAGGCGUGAAGAAGCCUCAUCGAUUCAGGCCAGGAACGGUGGCUCUGAGGGAGAUCAGAAAGUACCAGAAGAGUACCGAGCUUCUGAUCCGUAAGCUCCCUUUCCAACGUUUGGUUCGUGAGAUCGCUCAGGAUUUCAAAACUGACCUUCGCUUCCAGAGUUCGGCAGUUUCAGCACUUCAGGAAGCUGCGGAGGCUUAUCUGGUUGGGCUAUUUGAAGAUACUAACCUCUGCGCUAUUCAUGCCAAGAGGGUUACGAUAAUGCCGAAAGAUAUCCAGCUUGCUCGUCGGAUUAGGGGCGAGCGUGCUUGAAAUGUGUCUCUUUGAUCAAUUAGUGAAUGACUUAAUGGCACUGUACAGUGAAGGGUUAUGUGGCCUAGGUUUUUGGGAUUGGGUUUUUAAUCGGUGGGUAUUUUCCUUUCAUUUAGCGAUUGUGAUAUGGAGAUAUCUUUUCUUGCUAAUUUUAUGAGCUCAAUGAAAUUUUCAAUUUUGAGAUAAA